AUGGCAAACACCGUUGAUGAAGGCAUUGCCAUUGUUGGCAUGGAAUCAUUCUGGGAUUUCCUCCUGAGCCAGCGCUGUGCCCGCGGCCCAGUCCCAGCUAGCAGGUUUAACGCUGCAGCCUUCUACAAUCCUCAGAAGGACCGGACCGGGUGCAUUCGUUAUACAGAGAGCUACUGUAUUGACAAUGAUCUCGAGGAUUUUGACAAUGGCUUUUUUGAAAUGACGAGUGCGGACGUUCAGACACUAGAUCCUCAACAGCGCCAGCUGCUCGAAUGCUGCUAUGAAGCUCUUGAGUGCGGGGGUAUUACCCUCAACCAGGUUGCAAAUACAAUGACUGGCGUCUAUAUUGGUAAUUUUGCCAGUGACUACGAGUCACUGGCGUUCAAAGAGCCUGAGAAAAUCGAGGGCAUGCAAGUUCUGGGUAUGGGGAGGACGACUGUGAGCAACCGCGUCAGCUAUCUGUACAACUUGAACGGACCAAGCGUCACCAUGGACACGGCGUGCUCCUCCACGAUGUAUGCUCUCCACUUCGCCGUUCAGGCUCUUCGCAACGGCGAGAUCCCAGCCGCGUUUGUCGGCGGCGUCAACCUUAUCUUGACGCUGGAAUACCAUUUUGCUAUUGGCCAAAUUGGCGCCUUGUCUCCAACCGCCAUGUGCCACGCCUUUGACGCGUCUGCCGACGGCUACGCGCGGGGAGAGUCCAUCAAUGUUUUAUACUUGAAGCGGGUCUCUGAUGCGUUGAGAGACGGAGAUCCUAUUAGGGGGGUAAUUAGAGGCGUCUCUUUAACUGCGAAUGGCAAAAACAAUGGUAUCACACUGCCUAGCGCAAUGGCGCAGGAGUUGUCUAUCCGAAAGGCAUAUGAGCACUCGGGGCCUAUUGACUAUAACGCCGUUGGGUUCGUUGAAUGCCAUGGGACUGGAACGCCCAUCGGUGAUCCGAUCGAGACCACAGCGAUUGCGAACGUGUUUGAAGACAGUAGAGACUGGCAUGAUCCCAUCCUUAUCGGAUCAACAAAGCCUCAGGUAGGUCAUGGUGAGGCUGGCUCUGCCCUGACAAGUAUUAUCAAAGUCGUUCUUGCGAUGGAAAAAGGAAUUAUUCCCGGAACAAUCGGUAUCAACAGGCUGAAUCCAAACUUGCUUGAAACUAUUGAGGAAUAUCUGAAAGGCUCAAAUAUGCUGCUUGGUGCGCAGGCACAGCUCUGUAUCGACCCUUAUACGUCCAUUUUGCAGACACAGUUUUUACUCCCGAUCUCCGCCCACGAUGAGUACUCACUUUCGAGAAGCCUGGAAAACGUAUCUGACGUAUUGCACAGUGGAAAAUAUGACAUUCACGGGCUGCUCUAUACCUUAACUGAGCGCAGGACUAGAUUUACUUAUCGCGGCAUCAUACCCAUAACAAUUUCCAAUCAUGAGGAUGGCUUCGGCAAACCGUCAACGGGGAAGGCAAAUCUCGCAGUCCCCACGGUAGCUUUUGUUUUCACCGGGCAGGGGGCGCAAUGGGCGGGGAUGGGAAGAGAGCUCCUAGAUAGUUUCCCUGAGGUUAAACGAGUUUUCUGGAAGCUAAAUAAAGCAUUAGCUCAACUACAGCCUGCUCCAGCAUGGAAACUCCAAGAUAUACUGCUUGAACCAGAAGAAACAAGCAGAAUUGGAGACGUUGCAUUUUCUCAACCAGUAUGCACGGCAAUUCAGAUCGCUUUAGUGGAUUUGCUCCGCGAAUGGGGAGUGAAUCCCGUAGCAACAAUUGGCCACUCAUCCGGUGAACUUGCUGCUGCAUAUGCUGCAGGACUAAUUUCAGCGGAGAAUGCAAUUAUUGCAGCUUAUCUACGAGGCGUGCAUGCUGCUUUGACGCAGGAACCGGGGGCUAUGAUGGCAGUGGCAAUGGGGGUACUAGAUGCCGAAAAUCUCCUUGCAGAGCAGGAUAUUCCUCCAGAAGAUGUUGAUGCUAUAAGGGAGGCUGUUGAAAUACCAAACGGUAUAAAUGGAACAAAGCAGCAACCUAACGGCCAUGGUUCAGUUGCGGCUGUCAACUCCACGCCGUGUAGCACUAAUAAAUCCACAGUACAAUCCCAUUCGGCUGCUACCCGACGACAUAAGGUCGAUGGUAGUUCCAGGCCCGUGAUGAUUUCGUCAGUUAUCCUGGAGCCUCUUCAACUAUCUGACAUUUCGGGUGCAUAUUGGCAGAGAAACCUGGAAUCUCCAGUUUUAUUUGACCCGGCAUUAAAAUAUCUGUUAGAGCUUACAUUUGGCCCUGAAGAUCGAUACGUGGACUGUUUGAUAGAGAUAGGGCCUCAUAAUGCUCUCAAGGGGCCCAUCAAUCAAAUCAUCAGCUCUCCGGAAGUCACCGAAAUAUGGAAAUCCAACCUCGGAAGUGCACCAAAGAUAUCAUAUGAGUCCACUCUUGAAAGACAACACAAUGCAGAAGACGACAUGAUGAGACUCGCUGCGAACCUUUUUAUGAAAGGCUGUUCAAUUGAUAUGCGUCAAGUCAACGGUCAAGCUUCCUAUCAACCCGAAAAGCCUAUCGCUGACCUACCAAUAUACCCUUGGAGCCAUACAAACCCACACCCACUUAUUGUUACCCGUGCAACUAAGGACUAUAAAUUUGCUACCCAUCCAAGACAUGAUUUGAUUGGAAGCAGACUUCCAGGCAGUAAUCGACUGGAGCCAAUCUGGCGAAACAAUCUCCGCUUGAAAGACGUGCCUUGGAUUAAAGAUCAUGUCAUUGGUAAUGCAGUCCUUGUCCCUGGAGUGGCGUAUAUUGCCAUGGCAAUCGAAGCUGCUGCUCAGUUUGCUGAAGACGAGACUCUUGGUGGCCCUGAUUUCGAGUUUGAGGAUGCAAAAUUCCACUUACACACUAUGGCUGUCAAAGCUGCAUUAGUUAUCGGUGCCAGUGGAACAGCAGACAUUAUGAUCAACCUGCGGCCAACUGACGCUUCGGCUGCGCGUAACCGGUUUGAUUUCAAAAUUUGUUCUGUAACUGAUGACCGGUGGACAGAACACGCUAAUGGAUCCAUUUCCUACGAAAUCAUGCACGGUAAGCGGACAAUGAAGUCCUCUUUUGCUGAUGAGACAGCCGAUCCCAUAUUUGAAGAGAAAAUUGGCAAGGACGCUUGGUAUGAUCGACUCAAGUAUCGAGGUUUCGACUUUGGGCCUUUCUUCCGAGUUAUAGACGAAAUCGAGAUUCUAAGCUACGAGUCUCGCGCUCGAGCCAAAACACCCAUUCUGAAGACUAUGGCUAAGGAUACUCCGCACGAAUCUCGGUAUGCAGUUCACCCUUUAACAAUUGAUGCAGUACUCCAGGGCCGAGUUGUUGCUGUUUACAAUAGCCGGAUAGACAAGGAAGAGGCGACCCAGAUCCCCGUGUUUGUGGAAGAUAUGGUAAUUUAUCCUGCCUCCUGGGCAAAAAACCAGCCUGGUAUCAUUGACAGUGUUGCCUGGACCGAGGGUGCCCGGAGUGGUGGCUCUCACUCCAGGCUAGUAACUGAGGAUGGCUACGAGAUAAUUUCGACUAAACAUGUCAGAUGGCGCCAAUUCGAGAACCAGGGUAGCCAAGAAAAGUUGGCUAAGAGUACUGCACGAGAGCCAUACUAUCGACUACAUUGGAAACCAGAUGUUGAUUUUCUCAACUCGGAGAAGGCCAAUGACUUGUACCAUAGCGAUUUCAAGUCUCCCUUGGGAAUCAAAUACCUCGAUGAAAUCUACAAUAUUCGCAUUCGCCUAGAAACAGUGACUGUUUUUUACAUAUGCAAGACCCUUGAGCUUAUUAGCAAGGAAAACCUCCCUUCGGAUUCCUCAUUGCGGUGGAUUCACGCAUACUAUGACUGGAUGCGACAUGUUAGGACUGAGGCGGCAGCUGGUAACAUGGUACUUUGCGAUGAUAAUGCUACACAGCUUACCCCUGAUCUGCGAGAACGUCGAAUUGAGGCGUUGCUAUCGGAGCUUCCUUCCAACUUUCCCCAGCUAGAAUAUAAUAGAGUGGUGAUGGAAAAUAUGAGCGGAAUCUUGAAUGGAACGACUUCUGGUGUGAAUUUGGCGGUCGAGGCCGAAGUUCUUGCUGGUGUUUAUGCUGACGGCUCAAUUCAUGAUGCUGCGCGUAAAAAUCUUCGGUCUCUAGUUGAUAACUUAGCCCAUAAAAACCCAACUAUGAAGAUUCUCGAGGUGGGUGCGGGAACAGGAAGCUGCACAUCUGUCGCUUUGGACAUUUUGAAUACCUACGACAAGAACAACGGGCACGCAAAGCGAUAUGCAGAUUAUACCUUUACUGAUAUUUCACCAUCCUUCUUUGAGAAGGCCGAGGAGAUGUUUUCGGAGUACUCUGCUAUAACCUUUAAGGUAUUUGAUGUCGAAAGGGACCCAGAAAUCCAGGGCUUUAACAGCCAUGAUUACGACCUAAUUCUUGCAUCCAAUGUGCUUCAUGCACCUGGAAAUACAGAUAAAUUGCUCGCGAACUGUUGCAAGCUCCUCAAGCCUGGUGGAAAGCUGGUCAUGCUCGAGAUCACCCAAACUGAGAGUCUCACACCUGUCCAAUUUGCAUUUGGUACUCUCCCGAGCUUUUGGGGCUGUCUUGAUGAUGCUGAUGGUGACCGUCCCCUGGGCCCGUUUAGAACGCUGCCAUCUUGGGAUGAACAACUUCGCCUCUCUGGUUUUAGUGGCUUGGAUUUGAUUCUGAGAGACUUCCCAGAACCCCUAGCACUUGAGAGUGUCAUGAUGUCAACUGCUAUCCACGCAUCAACUAGAACUACAGUUGUCUCGGAAAUUGGUCCUGUAAUCAUUGUAAGUGGAAUAUCCUAUUUUAUGUGGACAACUGCUAACAUCGUUAAGGUGCACUCAGCUAACCAGGCAGACUUAGCCCUGGCUAUUGCUCAACUCAUUGAGAAAUCGGGAGGGAGUGUCAGGUAUAGCUCCAUGGCAAACUUGCCCGAGCUUGUUGACUCGAGUCAGCCACAAGGAUAUAUCGUUUUGGAAGAACUCGAUAAGCCGACUCUAAUUGAUAUGCAGCCAAUGCAGUUUGAAGGUUUUAAGAAGCUUGUCCGUACAGCCUCAAGCAUUCUCUGGGUUACUGCAGGGGACCUUAUGGCCGGAAAAAAUCCAUCAGCUGCCAUGGCCCACGGAAUCAAUACGGUCCUGAUGAAUGAAAAUUCAACGAAGAAUCUCAGGUUUGCUACACUGGACCUCGACGAUGCGGCUGUCUCUGAAACUACAACAGCUGUUAAGCAUAUCGCGGACAUAUUCUUAUUGGUUGCAAAGGCGCAAUCAAGAGAAGAUUGUGAAACCGAUUUUAUUCUCAAGAACGGUGUCAUUUACAUAAGUCGUGUUGUUCCUGACGCUCAGCUGAACGAAGAAUUCAGGUUGGACAAUGGAGAUGGUCGCGUAGACCAAGAUUUCCCAACCUCUGGGAAUGUGCAGCUAGCUCUUGAAACACCAGGUCUUCUCGAUACGAUAUACUUCCGUGAGCAACCUACUUGCGACAUUGAUCUCGGCUCAGAUGAGCUGGAAAUUAAUGUUAAAGCCGUUGGCCUGAAUAUGAAAGACUAUGUUAUUGCUAUGGGAAAUUUUGAAAGCGUCAAUUCCAGCAUCGAAUCGACUGGGGUUGUAUCCCGCGUUGGUACUAACGUUAAGAACAUCAAACCAGGAGACAAGGUUAUAUGCUUCGAGCGAGGCCAUUAUGACACAUUCUUGAGAAGCCCCGUCGCCAAGUGUCUAAAGCUAAACGACGGUGAUGACUUGAUUGAAAUGGCUACAAUUGGCAUUGCACUUGGUACUGCAUUAUAUUCCCUGAGAUACCUAGCACAACUUGAAGCUGGAGAAACAGUUCUCAUUCAAGCUGCUACAGGUGGUCUGGGCUUGGCAGCAAUACAAUAUUCAAAGCUCGUCGGAGCAGAAAUAUAUGCAACUGUUGGUACUCAAGCGAAAAAGGAAUAUUUGAUUAACGAAUUGGGGAUCCUGGAAAAUCGGAUCUUUUGGUCUCGCUCUCUUGACUUCAAGCAAAACCUGUUGAAAGAGACAAAGGGGCGAGGAGUUGAUGUAGUGCUUUCCACAAUCUCAGGCCCAGGCUUCUAUGAGGGCUUUGGCUGCCUGGCGCCAUGUGGAAGACUAAUUGAUGUGGGUAGAGGGAAUGUUUUGGACAAGGGAAAGCUGGGAUUGCAUGUUUUUGAUGAAAGCAUUAGUGUGUUCUCUUUCGACCUCAACUUCGUGCUCGAGAAAAAGCCUCAACUUGCUUCACGACUUCUAGCAGAUAUGACGGAGCUCCUAAGGGAAAAGAAGAUAAAGCCAGUUAAAAUAGAUCGGACUUUCCACAUUACCGACAUGGAAAAAGCUCUUAGAUACUUUGGCCAAGGACAACAUAUCGGUAAGGUAGUAUUGACCUAUGGCCAAACUGAAAAUAAAAUCAAACUACAUGGAGUUCUAAAGCCCCGCGGAAUUCACGCCAACAACAGUUAUGUCUUAGCUGGCUGCCAUGGUGGCCUUGGGCACAGCAUUGCGAAUUGGUUGAUCGAGCAUGGUGCCCGGAAUUUAGUGUUUUUAUCUCGUUCCGGGGAGAACAAGCAAGAAAAUGCUUCCUUCAUAUCACGAGCAAAAGCGAAGGGCGUUAAUGUUGCAUCUCUGAGAGGAGAUAUAUCCAGAAUGGUGGAUGUGGAGGAGGCUGUUACUAAGGCAAUCUCGAUGGGCCCUUUGAAAGGAGUGGUUCAUGCUGCGAUGGUUUUACAGGAUGCGUUUUUUGAUACUAUGACUCUAGAAACUUUCAAUGCGGCUAUUCGCCCCAAAGUCCUCGGCGCCCUUAACCUGCAUAAAGCGACACUUGAUGCACAAGCCGAACUGGACUUUUUCUUCAUGACGAGCUCUACUGUGACUUAUGUUGGACAUAUUUCUCAAUCUAAUUAUGCGGCAGCCAAUGCGGUCCUUGACAACCUGGCAAGGCAUAGACGUGAAUUGGGCCUUCCAGCGACAACAAUUUCAUUAGGGCCGAUCAAGGGGGUUGGGACUCUAAACAGAAAACCGGAAUAUGCUGAAAACCUACUACGAUCUGGUUUGAUUGAAGCACCAGAGUCCGAGUUUAUUUAUCAUUUUGAGAGACUCAUCAAGGAACAAGAAAAGUCACCACAUUUCGACAGAAAUACCCAAGCGCAUAUUCUCACAGGCGUGGAAUACAGCAAACAUGACCUGAGCAUGGUUCAGGUAACCAGGAUUGAAAAGGAUCGCCGUUCCGCUCUGUUGGUCACUAUUUUAGAAUCCCGUAAAGCUGCAAUUGGAGAAGGUACCGCUUCGGCUGAAAUGAUGAGUGACGAAGCGUUAGAUAUCCCCGAGGACCGAAACGCGGCUAUGAUAAUCCUGGCAGAUGCGGUUGCUCAGAGGCUGGCAAAGCUACUUUUUGUUGCUUCUGAUGAUAUUGAUAUCAUGCGCCCACUAUCACAUUACGGCAUUGACAGUAUGUAUGGCAGCGAGAUGAUACACUGGCUGUCCCAGAAAUUUUCUGUUGGCAUGUCUUUUCUUGAACUCCUGGACCCUAUGUGUACAUCGAAACACCUAGCUGGAGUUAUCUAUGACACUGCACGGAAGCACAAAGAAUCAACGGUGGCCAAAGACGCUGAAGCUGCAGAUAUCGUUAUUGAUACAAUUGAAAAGUCACACGCGGAAGACAAUGGCACAAAUGGAGCUGGAUUACUACAGGAGAUUGAGGAGAAUCAUCAAGGCUCUGGGUCCCAUCUAGAGAGGUUUUCUACAUACCUUAAACAGGCAGUUUCGGGACCGAAGCCAGUGGCACACUCCUAUGUCUGUUCAGUGAUAAAGAAGGAUGGUGAUCAACUGUACUCCCACGCGGAAGGCUCAAUUUCACAACAUUCAAAUGAAAGGGCAGGGUUUGAUUCAGUCUACUGGAUGGCCUCGAUGACAAAAUUGAUGACAGCAAUUGCUGUCAUGCUCUGUGUAGAACGUGGUCAAAUAUCCUUAGACGAGGACGUUACCUCCGUUUUGCCUGACCUAUGUUCUCUCCCGGUUCUUGACCGUGUUGAUGCCAAAGGAAAGUACUCGACUAAGACGCGAAGUAAGCCGAUCACCCUUAGACUCCUCCUUACUCACCAAAGUGGUUGUGGGUAUCAUUCUAGCCCGUAUCUGGCGCGAUGGGCCAAACAAAAUGGCCGAACAGAGAGUAUCUUCGAUAAUGAUUUUAAAGUUAUGGAAACAUUUCCCUUGAUGUUUGAACCAGGGUCAAAUUUUAUGUAUGGAUCAGGUUUUGACUGGGCUGGAGAGCUUGUUGCACGUUUAAACGGGGUGAGCCUUGAGGAGUUUUUGCAGGCUGAGGUCUGCAAGCCCUUGGGGAUGACUUCGACAACCUUCCACCCUGACAAACGCAUUGACAUGCUAAAACGACGUGUUGAAUUCUACGAACGCAACGAUGACGGGUACCUCAUGCCUGGCGCCGAAUAUACCAAGCUUCCAGCGGCCCAUGAGUGUGGCGGACAUGGCCUCUGGUCGACGCCACGCGACUGGAACAAGUUUGUCCACAUGAUUCUUUGUGAUGGCAGACCAAUAUUGCAGAAGAGAAGCGUGGACGAGAUGUUCAAGCCACAAGCAAUUGCAGGCGAUGAGUUACGUGAAUUGCUAUCUGGCCCUCUCCGCGCAUCACUGCGUUCAACUGUCGAUAUGGAGGCUGAAAACAUCGAGAUUGCCAUUGCUGGGCCAGUGUAUGUAGAUGGCAUCCCUGAAAGGAGGUCUGCUGGCACUGUACAGUGGUCCGGAAAACCUAACAUGUUUUGGUGGAUUGAUCGCCAGGAAGGCAUUGCUGCAACGACCUUCACACAAGUUAUUUCAGCAUCAGAUGCACGGUUUGAGGAGCUGACGACUACGUUUGAGAGAGCCGUUUAUGCAGAUCUUACGAAGUUGUAG